AAAGUCUGAAAUGGAAGCUUCUUUACUCCUGCAUCUCCUCUCUGUCUGAGUCAUAUUUUUCUUCUUUUUUGUGUUUUCUUUUGACUUUCCAUUGGCGUGAAUCUCCACCCUCAGAAUAUUACCAAGCUUCGAUCUUUACUUAUAAUUCCUCGAGGAAUUAAAUUCUUUAUUGAACAAUUUGUUUGCUGAUCAUUUCUCUUUUCUGGAUUCAUCGUUCUAAAUAACUAUUUCCUAUCAGCCAAGAUGCGUGCAACAUCACUUCUUGCACAAUGCUUGCCUGGUUUGGUGCCCCAUGACCGAGGAAGCGAAAGCAUGUCCUUUGUAUCAGAUAAAGAUGUGCAUCUCUCGUCUCCAGCUGUCGAGAUUAUCCCCUCAAAGACGGCUCACCCUUAUAAGUAUGCUGGGGAAUAUGUAGACCUUCAGGGGCUCAAUGUGUUCAAGGGAAGAAUUAGUGUCCUUGACAUUGUUGGUUUCACUGGUUCCGAAUUGAUAUCCUCGAAACCCGAUGGGUUCCUGAAAUCUUGGGACAGCUCCAUCGAUCUUGUUAACGUCCUUAAGCAUGAGAUUCGUGAUGGACAAUUGAGCUUUAGAGGGAAAAGGGUGCUUGAGUUGGCUUGUGGCUACGGACUUCCCGGGAUUUUUGCUUGUCUGAAGGGUGCUUGCACAGUGCACUUUCAAGACCUUAGUGCGGAGACUAUUCGAUGCUCUUCCAUACCUAAUGUUCUUGCAAACCUUGAGCAAGCCCGGGACAGGCAAAGCCGACAGCCGGAGAGUCCUUUGACUCCAUCCAGACAAACUAUUGCCCCAGCAGUGCACUUCUAUGCGGGGGACUGGGAAGAACUUCCCUCUGUAUUAUCUGUUGUUCGGAAUGAUGUGUCCGAACUGACUACUAGAUUGAGCUUUAGCUUCUCCGAGGAGGAUUUCUUGGAUGGAUGCAGUAGCCAAGAUGGUAGCAUCAUGGCACAAGAAAUUUCCUCGAGGAGAUCGAGAAGGCUUUCAAGAAGUCAGGCAUGGGAAAGAGCUAGUGAGACGGAUCAGGGAGAAGGUGGUUAUGAUGUGAUUUUGAUGACUGAAAUUCCGUACCCGGUGUCUUCAUUGAAGAAUUUAUAUGCACUGAUUAAGAAGUGCCUGAGGCCUCCAUACGGAGUGGUCUACUUGGCAACAAAGAAGAACUACGUCGGCUACAACAGCACAGCGAGGCACCUAAGAAGUCUAGUCGAUGAAGAAGGCAUUUUCAGAGCACAUUUGAUCAAAGAGGUGACUGACAGAGAUAUUUGGAAGUUUUUUCUCAAGUGAUUGAACAAAGUUGCUGAGCUACGCAAAGAACAAAAAUGGCUGCUAAAGUGAUUGCAAACGUUGUGUUUUAGUUCUUUGGCAUUGCUGUUAGCAAUAUAUAUACCAUAAAUUGUUUCAAUUCUUUUAAUAGUGAAAAUCAAAUUUUGGAUAUUCGAGAAGCAUUAGUGCAGGCUAAUUUUGCUACUUGUAAUUCUUUCAAUAGUAAUCAAUUCUUUCGGCA